AUGCCACAUAGAGCAGUUGUGAGAACCGAUAAGGAUACUACUAAAGUUCGCGUGGUUUUCAAUUGUAGUUCGAAAGCGAAACUAAAUCUCUCUUUGAAUAAUGAUUAUUUAGAGACUGGGCCGAAUUUGAAUCCCAAUGUACUGGAUGUUAUUUUAAAUUUUAGGAAAUUCAAAAUUGCAUUUUGUGCUGAUAUAGAGAAAGCAUUUUUGAUGAUUGGAAUUUCAGAAGAGGAUAGGAAAUUUUUUAAAUUCUUGUGGUUAUCAGAAAAUGCAAAUGAAGACUACAAAAUAAUGCGUAUGACACGUUUGCCGUUUGUUUGUAAGUCAUCGCCAUUUAUUUUAAGUUCAACAAUAAAAAAGCAUUUAAAGCAGUACAAGAAUAAUAAACCCGAAUGUGUUGAAAUGUUGAACUCUUCACUGUAUGUAGAUGAUUUAUAUUUUGGGGGAAAUAGUGUUGAAGAGGCAUUUAAGCUGUCUUCUGAAGCUGUGUCGAUUUUAAAGGAUGAAAGUAUGAUUUUGCGAAAAUUAAAAACUAAUUCUGAGAAACUGAGGUCAUUGUGGAUGCAGAAUGGACUUAGCGAUGAUACUUGUACUUCUGAUUGUCAGUUGAAGGUUUUAGGCUUGAACUGGAACCCAGUAAAUGAUAAAUGUUUCUUUAGAUAUAGCAAGAUUGAUGGAUAG